AUGAUAAAAAUUAAAAAGGGUUUAGAUUUACCCAUCUCGGGUAAACCUGAGCAGACUAUUGGUGAGGCCCGCACUGUACGUCGCGUGGCAAUCCUCGGCGAUGACUAUCCAGGCAUGAAGCCGACGAUGGCAGUGGCGGAAGGGGAUGUUGUCGCCAAGGGUGCACUCCUGUUCAGCUGCAAAAAAACCCAGGGUGUCAAUUACACCGCGCCGGCAGCAGGAAAGGUAACCGCGGUUAAUCGCGGUGCCAAGCGGGUUCUGUUGUCGGUUGUUAUUGAACUGGAUCCUAACGGUGAGAGCAUAAAUUUUGGUGCUCACAGUGCAGAGCAGAUUGCUGCCAUGCCCCGUGAAGAAGUGAAUAAGCAACUUGUUGAUAGUGGUCUGUGGACAAGUCUGCGCACACGGCCGUUUGCCAAAGUGCCGGAUCCAUCCACCACGCCGAAAUCUAUUUUUGUCACAGCAAUGGACUCUAAUCCGCUGGCGGCAGAUGCGUCAGUCAUCAUCGCCGAUUAUGCUAACCAGUUUGCUGCAGGCCUGGAUGCAAUAGCGCGUCUGACUGACGGCCCUGUGCAUGUCUGUCACGAGCAGGGUAAAUUCCUGCCGACUGGUAAUUCAGCCCAGAUAACCAAUCACGAGUUCAGCGGCCCCCAUCCCAGCGGCCUGGCUGGCACACAUAUUCACUUCAUUGAUCCUGUCAGUGUGAACAAAACUGUCUGGUAUCUUAACUAUCAGGAUGUCAUCGCUAUUGGCCAUCUGUUUUUAACCGGUGAGAUCAUGAGCGAACGUGUGAUUGCCCUGGGCGGCCCCGGAGCGUCUCAGCCGCGACUGGUGAAAACCCUUGUCGGUGCUGAUCUCGAGGAACUGAGUGCUGGCGAACUGGUUGAUGGAAAUCAACGGGUAAUCUCCGGGUCGGUGUUGUCUGGACGUACGGCUCAAGGUGCGGAGGCUUUUCUGGGUCGCUAUCACCUGCAGGUAUCUGUGUUGCCGGAAAACAAAGAGCGCAAGCUUUUUGGCUACCUCGCGCCCGGCACACGGCGGCACUCGGUCUACCCGGCGUUUCUGUCUAAGUGGUUGGGCGAGCGCGACGUAGAAUUCUCCACGACCACCAACGGCAGCACCCGGGCCAUGGUGCCCAUUGGUACCUAUGACGCCAUCAUGCCGAUGGAUAUUCUGGCAACUCAGUUGCUGCGCAGCUUGCUGGUCGGUGAUAUCGAGACAGCAAUUAAUCUGGGUUGCCUGGAGUUGGACGAAGACGAUGUGGCGUUGUUCACCUACGCCUGUCCGGGGGGCAAAUUUCACGCCCUUUAUCCUGCUUACGAGGCCAUUGAUACUGCAUUAUAUACACCCGGUCAUACGACCCGCGGCGCCUCUCAUGUUCGGGAUGGACUGGACCUGAAACGCAUCAUGAUGACGGUCUGGUUGUGCGCCUGGAUUCCUGCGAUUGUCGGCAGUUACUUUGUAGGUUUGCAGGCUAACGAAGCGAUGCAGGCCGCCGGCUUAACCGCUAUUGAAGGGUGGCGGGGCGCAUUUCUGAACCCUCUGCUGAGUUUUGAUCCAAACAGCAUGAUCGAUUGCCUGAUUCAUGGGUUGGGUUAUUUCAUUCCUUUAUACAUGGUGGUUUUUGCCGCUGGCAUCAUCUUCGAAAUCUGGUUUGCCUCAGUACGUGGGCAUGAGGUCAAUGAAGGCUAUUUUGUGACCUCUAUCCUUUACACGCUGACUUUGCCCGCCGGCAUUCCUCUCUGGAUGGCGGUGAUCGGUAUUGUUUUUGGUGUGGUCAUCGGUAAAGAAGUCUUUGGUGGGACGGGUAAGAAUUUCCUCAACCCGGCGCUCACCGGUCGGGCUUUCCUCUAUUUUGCCUAUCCGGCGGCGAUGUCCGGCGACACCGUCUGGGUGGCGGUAGAUGGGGUAACCCAGGCAACACCUCUGGGUAACGCAGCAUUAGGCCUGGAUUACGGGGUUGAUAUGACGUCCGCGUUUCUGGGCUACAUGCCGGGUACCAUCGGUGGAGAGUCAAUCCUGGCCAUUGGCAUUGCCGCAGCGAUUCUGCUGGCAACCCGCAUUGCUUCCUGGCGCGUCAUGCUGGGUUGCGUUAUUGGUCUUGUCGGUACCGUUGGGUUAUUUAACCUGAUGGACUCAAGCAAUCCGAUGUUUGCAAUGAAUCCCCUCUGGCACCUGGUGCUGGGUGGUUUUGCGUUUGGCGCAGUUUUUAUGGCCACGGACCCGGUUUCGGCGGCCCAUACCAAUCGCGGUCGACUGAUUUACGGCAUCCUCAUUGGCUUUAUGUGUGCGCUCAUCCGCGUGGCGAACCCGGCUUUCCCUGAGGGCAUGAUGCUGGCCAUUUUGUUUGGCAACUUAUUCGCACCGUUAAUCGACAAUGUCGUGGUGCAAUCAAAUAUCAAGCGGAGUCUCAGCAAUACUUUUAUCGUCGCCAUCGGCAUCUGCCUGGUGUGCUCGAUUGUGGUUUCCGGCAUAGCCGUAGCACUGAAACCGACCCAGCAGGCGAACAAAUUGCUCGACCAGAAACAGAAUAUUCUGCGUGCCGCGGGAUUACUGGCCCAGGACAGCAACGUUGACGCCCAGGGGCGCGACGUUGAUGAGUUGUUUGCUGAAUUUGAUGUGCGCGUUGUGGACCUGGAUACCGGUGAAUAUCGCAGUGAUCUUGAUCCCACCAGCUUUGAUCCGAUUCGCGCUGCAAAAGAUCCUGAUAUGAGUCGGCCGCUGAGCGAUUCAGAAGACCCUGCAACAUUACGUCGGCGGGAAAAUGCAUCCAUUGUCUACAUCAAACUGAACGAAGGCGAGAUUGAUAAAGUAGUUAUUCCUGUUCGCGGGUAUGGGCUGUGGGGCACCUUGUUUGGUUACCUGGCACUGGACUCUGACCUGCAAACCAUAUCCGGUCUGGGGUUUUAUUCGCACAAAGAAACGCCUGGAUUGGGUGGCGAAGUCGACAAUUCCAACUGGAAGGCAAGCUGGCCCGGAACGCAAUUGUACAAUGAUCAAGGCGAGCCAGAUGUGCGCCUGGUGAAAAGCGCGACGUUCACGACGCGUGGUGUUGAAAAUCUGGUCAACUUCUGGACGGGCGUCCUGGGUAUCUGUUCAGCGCUUGCAGUGACUAUCAGUAUGUCGCAAACCCUGGUGAUGUGUGCUGCGGUGAUCUUUGUCACCACGAUGUCAAAUGUUGCUGUAUCGCUGGUGCGUAACCGCGUGCCCACAAGUAUCCGGAUCAUUGUGCAGAUGACCAUCAUUGCGUCGCUGGUUAUUGUUGUAGACCAGGUGUUACAGGCUGUGGCCUACGACAUAUCCAAGAGUCUAUCGGUCUUUGUCGGGCUGAUUAUUACUAACUGUAUCGUGAUGGGGCGGGCAGAGGCAUUUGCCAUGCAGAAUGGCCCCUAUCUCUCCGCGUUAGAUGGAUUUGGCAACGCGCUGGGAUAUAGCGUGAUUCUUAUCGGUGUUGCUCUGAUACGCGAACCGCUGGGCUCAGGUACAUUUCUAGGUUACGAAAUUAUGCCAACCAUAAGCAAUGGCGGCUGGUAUUACACCAACGGCAUGCUGCUUUUAUCACCCAGCGCAUUUUUCAUCAUCGGUCUGUUUAUCUGGGCGAUUAGAGCCUGGAAACCAGAGCAGGUAGAAGAAGCUGAAUACGAAAUAGCACCUAACGAGCAGUAUCAGGAGGCGAUCUAA